GACAAUUAAACUAACCUAUAAAAAAUGAUGAUAUGUUGACGUGUACAAUAUAAAAUUUAAACUAUAUGGAUAUAAAGAAAGACUGAAAUGUUUAAAUUUUCGAUAACUUCGUUACUCUUCGGGGUGUUCAUAAUAUUCAUAUUUAAUUCAGUAUGGAAUUUGGUUGUGCUAUUUACGCCCCCUUCUUGCGCAAAAGGAGACGUGUGUUUUCAUUCCUAUUUAAACACAAAACCUUCUUUAGAUCUACUUGUUUAUGUUACUGAUAAUUCACGAUCAGGAGAUGAACAAUUAAUAUUAAAAGUUAAUAAAUUUAAUUAUGAUGAACCAUUUGAAAGAGUAAUUGAGUUGGAGAUAUCAAAAACAGUUCGAAAUAAUGGUAGUUUAAUAAUUCACUCGGUAAUUUUACCCUCAAAUGUAAAUAAUGAAGAUUUAUCAUUGAACGAAGCUAGAAACGUUUAUGAAUCAAGUUACUUAAAAGGUCGUUUAACGAAAUAUGUUGUACCAAAAAGUUUUACCUUUAAUCUUUUAAAAGAAGAAUCUAAACAAUCAUCUGUUAAACCAACAACUCAUAUCAAAAGUAGAUACUCAAUCAUGAUGUGUAACAGUGAAUUACACAUUCCAGAAACAAAUAUUCCACAAGAAGUGAUUCAUUAUUUAAAAAUUAAUAGGAAAAGACAAUUUCUUCCGAUUGUUGUUAAUGAUUUUAUGCAGACAAGGUUAAGAGAUUUAGAAGAAAUUACUAAAGAAACAUCUCAAAUAAUGUUUAAUUAUAUUUAUAACCCAGUUUCAAUAGGUAAAUUUAAAUUUAUGGUUGAGAUGGAAGUUACAAUAAAGAAUUUUAAAAAACUUGGCUUUACCGAUAAAGAUAUUGAUGAGGUUAAAGGAGUUUUUGCUGAUACUAAUUUAUAUCUUUUGUGUGCUACAAUUUGUAUUGGAAGUAUUCAUCUUUUGCUCGACUUUUUAUCAUUUAAAAAUGACGUCAGUUUUUGGAAAUCACAUAAAUCAAUGGCUGGUUUAUCAACAAGAACGGUUGUAUGGCGUGCUUUUUCUCAAACAAUCAUAUUUUUAUACCUCUUAGAUGAAGGUACUUCUUACUUGGUUUUAGUUCCAAGUGGAAUAGGAACAGCAAUAGAAGUAAGAACUUUCUUUUAUUUACAGGGUGAUUCAAAAGUAACUUAAAUGUUAAAAAGUUGUAUAGUUUGAAUGACUUAAAUGACAGAACAGAAAAUUAUUAUUGCUCUUGUCACCGGGACCUAUAAGAUCUAUUGUAACUUUAACCCUCCAAAAGUUUAGGGUAAAUGUAAGCCCUUAAUGAACUUUAGUAUUGCUCCAAAGUCUUGUUCCUUUAUGUCGGUAGGUGUCAAAAGAGCUUUACCGCAAAUUUUGUGUCUUAGACGACCUCUAGCGACGCAAUUACACAGUAUAUGUUCAGCCGUUUCUGACUCGUCGUUGCAAAGUCGACAAGUUUGAUCCUCAGCUUGCCCAAUGUGGAAAAGGUGGUAUUUUAUGGGCGCAUGGCCGGUCACAAAACCUGGGAGCGUCCUUAGAUCCUCUUUGCUGAGGCAUAAAACCUCUUUGAUUUUGUUUUGCGUCAUACUCUUCACUUUUCUGUGAUCUGAAAGUUCUUUCCAGCGUAAGACUACAUUUGAGGCCUCCCAUCGGUUGGUUAUUUGUUUUAGGUGACUUUUUUUGUAGUCCACAACCGGGUUGGGGUCCAAUGAAGGGCGUUUUUGCUGCCUCUCUGGCCAGCUUGUCAGCCUUCUCAUUGCCCUCAAUGUUUCUGUG